AUAGAUGAAAAUUGCAUUUUAAGUUCGAAUGUCCCCUUGUACAUGAAUGAAACCAUGAUGUUCUGUACCAUGCUGUAAGUCUCAUAAUAGAGGUUAGUGAAUAAAGACUAAUUCAACCAGGUACCUGAGAACUUGAUGUAAAAGUUGUAUGAUUUUAUUUUCUUCUUUGCCUGCAGAUAAAGAUCUACAGUUUCACAUUGUUAAGCAGGCUAGAGCCCAAAGUGCAAAGGAAAGUGCAGGCUACAGUGAAGGAUAUUAUUCAUUACUGCCUGUAGAAGUUCCUCAAAACCACAAGCAUUUCGUCUGUGACCUGACCCAAGCUGACCGUCUUGCUCUUUAUGAUUAUGUUGUUGAGGAAACAAAGAAACAGAGGUCUAGAUCCCAGAUAACGGAAAAUGACAGUGAUCUCUUCGUGGAUUUAGCAGCAAAAAUCACCCAAGAUGAUAGUCAGAAAGGUCCAAAGUCCCAUCUUGAAAUUUUGGCUGAAAUGCGAGAUUACAAAAGGCGGCGGCAGUCAUACAGAGCUAAGAAUGUUCAUAUAACGAAGAAGUCCUACACUGAGGUGAUUCGGGAUGUGAUUGGUGUGCAUAUGGAAGAACUCGGCAAUCAGUGGCAGGAGAACAGGUUGCAUAAUGCAGAGAUAUGUGAAGGAGAGAAGUUGAAGUCCUCAGGAAGGGAAGACAGGCGGUCGGCUUCAGUGGACUCGCGGCAGUCUGGGGGAAGCAGUAGGGAUACGGAGUGCUCCAGACACAGGGGAGACACCAGCAGGAGUCCAAGUAAACGAAGAAGGAGUCGUGAGAGAGGCAAAGACAGAGAUUCUUGGAGAAAAAGAGAGAGGACCACAGGUGUGUGGGACCUGUGUUUGAGCAGACAUGAGGACUCUUGUGCAGAAGAAAUGCUGCCUUGCCGUUCAUGUUUGGGGAUGAAGACAAAUAUCACAACCAUAAAAGAAGAAAGUAGAAACAAUAACCAGCUGUUCAAAACAUAACUUCCACAAGAACUAUUAUUACUGUUGUUUUGCUUGAAACAGUAAAGUUGCCCACAUAAUAUUGGUGUUGCUUCACACCUGUGCUGCUUUGGAGACAAAAAAGUGCUAAGGUUUGUGAGGAUGGAAGCAGUAUAUUUCAGAAAAUGUGUAAAUCUGUAACAUUUAUACAUCUGUUAAUAAAUUAUAUUGAUAGCAUGUAUUCGAAUAGUUUAGUCUGACAAGGCUGAAGAAUAAAAUCUUUGAGCAGUUGUACUUACUGGCCCACUGGAUAUAUAAGAUAUAUAAAGAUUUAAGAGCUAAAUCCAUGGAGUCCAGAUCAGUUACAAACAGAGAAGGCAUGAAGAGAGCUCCCCCUCCUACCUAACAUUCAUCUCUAGGUAACAUUGCCUAGCUUACAGCAUGUACCAGAGUGCGUAUUUCAAAGUUUUAUCUUUUUUAUCCAACAGGAUAAAAUAUCUUCAACUGCAGCUGAUGUUAAAUGGACAAUAACACAUGUUAGUACUCCCAAGCUCAUGCUCAAAGAAAAUUCAGAUCACUAUAAUCUGGCAAAGGUGAUGAGAAUGUAGCUCUCAAGCUCUCCACUGGGGGGAGGCACCAAGGACACUUGGAGAAUAUUGCUGAGUACCAUACUCCAACACCAGCAACAUUUCCUUCCAGCAAUAACUAGGAAAACUUCCUAUCCUGUGGACUAACAUACAAAUAUUUGUGAUAGAGGUUGAUAAAACAGACUUAAAACCUGUAGAUAGAUAUUAAGGAUGUGCAGUUCUAUUAAUUCCUCACACAAUCUACUUCAGCUGUUGUAGUGGUGGGUGGGGAGACGAAAUCCACAAUUCAAGAUCCAGAGCUCAUCAGACAAAACAGCCUCGUUUAUUGUUCAGAGCUCACUUAUGUACUCAAUUGAAAACUCCUGGGCUCACAUAGUUCAUUGGCUGGGAUCUCUCUCUGCUCAGAUCUCUGGCCAGUAAUGUGUUUCCUACUAAUCUUGAACAGGGAUGGCUGAGGGUCCUGAGAGCCCCAGAUGGCUGUAUCUUAUCUGUAUCUGUCCCCUGUAACUUACCUGGGGACUUGUUCAGGCAUGAACUAGGCUGGCUGAAUUGGAUUUGUGUUAUGGUCAGAUUUACCUUGUCCAGUCCAGGCCAGCUGUACUGUAACAAUAUUGUGACAAUUCCCCCAGUUUGGUUAAAUUUAAAAUACUUAAAAUGCUCUCUGUUAUCCUACCUGCAGUGGCCCAUUGCAGACAGGGUCACAGAAGACAGAAUGGAUUUAAUUUGUAUGAGGUGUUCCACUUAAUUUGACAAACAGUUCCCCUCAGUCAGCAAUGUAUCUCAUGUAGUGACUGGAAUUUGUAAGCAUUCACUCUCAGGAGCUGGCAGGCCAGGUCACAAUCCUUCAGGUUUGGUAAAUGGUAAGUGAUUUGUCAUGUCAAGUUUUGCAGGGCACUUUGCAAAGCUGUACUGUUAGCAAAACAUCAUUCAAUGUGUUCUUGUGUCACAGGUAUAAUAAUUUGUGAAGGAUCAUUUGCAUUCAAUUGUAAACUCCUGUGACAACAUUUGAUAAAUAAUUCUGCAAUUGGCUCCCA